AUGAGCGAAUCUACGCCACAGCAGAAGGCCAACCUGGCGCGCAUCCGGUCGUGCGAGGCCGUCGGCGCAGAGGCGUCGCAGGAGAUACAAUCUGCGGCGAGAAAAGUGCUCGAAGAAAACAAGCGCUUGCGCCGACUGCUGCGGCACCAAGGCUUCAGCGAUGCCGACAUUGAUGGCCCCGAGCACGACGAGUUUGCCUCGUCGCCCUUGGCCGCCGAGAUGCUAGAGGUCAUGCUGGUGACCAGGAAGCCGUGUCGGCCGUCGUCGGGCUCGAUCUGCGGCGACAGCCAGAUGUGCAAGACCGAGGAUGAGGACGACAUGGAGUCGAGGCGACACAGCGUCAUCUCGACGCCUGCUGCUCCAGUGUGCGCUCCUUCCAAACCACAACAGAAGCAGCUGAGGCCCAUCGCUCUUGCUCCUGCUCCUGUCUCUGCUCUUGCUUCUGCUUCUGCUCCUGCUCCUGCCGUCGCUCCUGCCUCCCGACCUCGAUCUCACGAACCGUCGGGCCCCAACCAACAGCUGCCUCAACACCAGCACUUCCAACAGCAGGGUGAGCAGCACAUGCAGUUCCCAAACCAUCCUCAGCAUCACCAUCUUCAGCCUCAACAACAGCAGCAGUUCUUCAUGUCGCCUCCACAACAUGCCUCGGCACCCCUGGCCCCGCAUCAAAACGUGCAUACCUCUCCUGACGCCUUCGCCAAUGACUAUCCCAUCUACGCACCUCAGCCCUUCGGCUACUCGGUACCGCAGUCUCAACUGCUCGACUGGGACAUGGCUGCCGCCGAACCCAUCCCGCACUCUGGAACUUACACCUCACCCCAGGCGGCCUUUCCAACUCCAGGAACAUAUGCAUCGCCCACGCAUUCCAACACUGCUGUUUACAACCAACAAGGCAAUACAUCUUCCUGCUUCGCAGCCGCAGGUGCAAUCCGCGCCUUGCAUUCCGAGGCGGGUGACGAGGUCGAGUCAGCCCUUGGCUGCCGUGCCGACGGCAACGAAUGUCGUGUCGACAAUGCCAUGGUCUUUGACCUUAUGGAUCGCUAUUCUGGCGUUCAAGGACAACAAGGCAGCAUCUGA